AUGGGUUUACUCGACCAUCUCUGGGAUGAUACCGUCGCUGGUCCGCGGCCAGAGAACGGCCUCGGCAAGCUUCGGAAGCACCAUACCUUCACUUUCCGACCUAGCUCCGGCAAUGAUCAAUCGGAUGGUGGAAACGUGAGAUCGUACGGUGAGGAUUCGCCGGAUGAAGCCGUGAAAGUAACACGAAGCAUCAUGAUAGUUAAACCACCAGGAUACCAAGGUGGUUCAGCUCCGGUUUCACCGGCCGGUUCAACUCCGCCGGUAUCUCCUUUCUCUGGGACCCUUUGGGAUGUGAACGGAGCAAACGCAGGAGGAAAGGAACCCUUUCGGUUUAGGAGACGGUCGACUUCGGACGCGGUCGAUAAGGCAGCAGGAUCAGAGAGUGGACCAAGGAGCUCUCCUCCUACUUACGGCGUGUGA